AUGGCCGGGAAGGGAGGGAAGGGGCUCAUCGCCGCGAAGAUAACGGCCGGCGUGGACAAGGAUAAGAAGGCGCCGAUCACCCGCUCCGCGCGCGCCGGCCUCCAGGUCGCCCCCCCUUUCUCCGCUCGCUUGUUCUUGUUCCGCUCGUUGCUCUGCUUCGUCCUUGUUCCGCUCGUUGCUCUGCUUCGUCCCUUGCGCGAUGAGGGCUCGUUCUUGGGCGUGAAGCUGACGCCUGCUGCUUUCUGUGCGUUCUUGGCAUACGGGGCGAUGAGGUUCCCUGUCGGACGCAUCCACCGCCAGCUGAAAGAAAGGUCACAGGCCAAUGGGCGGGUGGGAGCAACAGCGGCCGUGUACGCGGCAGCCAUCCUGGAGUACCUGACAGCAGAGGUCCUGGAGCUGGCUGGGAACGCGAGCAAGGACCUCAAGAUGAAGCGCAUCAGCCCCCGGCACCUGCAGCUGGCGAUCCGCGGGGAUGAGGAGCUGGACACCCUGAUCAAGGGCACCAUCGCCGGCGGCGGCGUCAUCCCCCACAUCCACAAGUCCCUCAUCAACAAGGGUGUCAAGGAAUGA